AUUUCAGCAUCCCUGGGGGAGAUGUGUGGUUCCCUUCCCCCCAAGGGUCUCACAGCACAACCUCUGGCCCACAGUCGCCUGUUGCAAUGCUUUUCAGCCUUUUUCCCUCUCGUCAGCUCCGCUUACAUUUGAGCCUCUCCACAGAAAAAGCUUUGCAAAAGGCAGCAGCUCUCUUUGCCUGCUGAAAGAAUGGGGGAGGCUCUGUGAAGCCAUUUGUUGAUAUUUCUCGACAGUUUUUCAGCAUUCCUCGCUGCUCUGCAGCUGUUAAAUGUGUUGUCUCAGCUGCGAGGACGGCUCCAGCUUUUCUCGAGCUGCAUUUUCUCACCAUCCAUCGAGGGAUGCAGAGAGAGAUCCGUCAACACCAAAGCCACCUCCAAAGUAGCGUUUUGGGUGAAAGUCUGCUUCUGUAAAAGCAAAAGGAGUUCACAUUGGGACUGUAGGUUUGGAAAGUGAGGUGCUUGCUGAGGCAGAUGUGGCACGAGCACCGAGCUUGCAGGGAAAGAGCAGGAUUGGCAGCGCUGAGCAGUGCAGCUGUUUCUCCUGAGCACCCCUGGCAGGGCAGCUCUGGAGGGAUGAAGCUGUGGUUCGGUUCACUAUUGCUGUAGCAUCCACAGGCGGGAUUUAUUCUGCAAUUAUAGCAUUUUAUUCUCCUUUUUGGCUCUUCGCUGUGCCAAGAAAUUUUCUGUGGAAAGCUGGAAGUGUCAGGAAGAUGUGGCAAUAGUGAUGGAGAGGAGUAUUGUUGCUCGGUCGUUAAAAAUGUAUAAGUAGCUUCAGGAACGCGUUGCUUCUUCUGAGAGGGAUAUUGUCCUUAAUUCUGCUUGGUGUUUAGAGACUUUUAUCUUCUGAGAGAGCCCACAACUGUUUAUCUAGGCUUGAUUUAUUUUCUUCUGAAUUUUCAAGGCUAAAUGUGAAGAGAGAAUUAAAGGGAAAAGAAGACAGGCUGGUGCUGUGCGGAGCUUGGCCAGCGCGUUGGGCAGCCCGUGGCCUGCAGCUGUCCUAAGAUCCAGAGCUGAACUGCAAAGCUGUGUCCCCACAGCUCCCAACGCUUUGUUGUCAUAAUCCUUCCAUCCCCAAAUUUAGAGAACAAGAGAAACCCGAGAGCAGUGAGGGAAGAGGAGAGCGCAGAGGACUGCGGUGCUUUGAGAACGGAAGCCCUGACGCUGUGCUAAGGGAGAAGCACCUGCUCCCUGCCCUCUUUCUCAUCCUUGUGUUCUACUCUUCGUCCCAGGCACAGUGCUGGAGCACCUCCAUCACCAGAUGGUCCCUUGUAGGGCGGUGGGAGGCUGUGCAGCGCUGCUGUUUGCUGAACCCAAGGUGUGUUCCUAUUGCCUACAGCUGUCCCUCGGGUUAGCGCUCACAAAACCAAGCGCUGCCAAGUUGUUCUGAGCAGUGGGUAAUGCUGAGGUGAAGGCAGCCCCCCUCUGUGCUCCAUGUUCCAGUCUGCCUCUGCUGCUGCUGCUGCUGCCAACGCUUCUGAGCAACCAAUUUACCACACGCUUCACCUUUUUGGGCUUUUCCCUGAGUGAUGUCAUGCCCAAACCACCGUUGGGCUCCAUGAGGAUUUAUGGAAGAUGCCCCGUGUAUGGGCGCCUCUGGUGCUCCUUCUGCUGUGGCUGAUGAGGACGGCUGCCAGCCCACACGCCCUGCGCAUCGCCGCCAUCCUGGAUGACCCCAUGGAGUGCAGCCGGGGGGAGCGGCUCUCCAUCACCCUGGCCAAGAACCGCAUCAACCGAGCGCCCGAGCGCCUGGGGAAGGCCAAGGUGGAGGUGGACAUCUUUGAGCUGCUGCGGGACAGCGAGUAUGAGACGGCGGAAACCAUGUGCCAGAUCCUUCCCAAAGGGGUGGUGGGCGUCCUGGGGCCUUCCUCCAGCCCGGCCUCCAGUUCCAUUAUCAGCAAUAUCUGUGGGGAGAAAGAGGUUCCUCACUUCAGAGUGGCACCGGAAGAGUUCCUGAAGCUGCAGCUCCAGCGCUUCACCACCCUCAACCUCCAUCCCAGCAACACUGACAUCAGUGUGGCCGUGGCAGGAAUCCUCAACUUCUUUAACUGCACCACUGCCUGCCUCAUCUGUGCCAAAGCUGAAUGCCUUUUAAACCUAGAGAAGUUGCUUCGGCAGUUCCUCAUUUCUAAGGACACGCUUUCAGUCCGGAUGCUGGAUGACAGCCGGGACCCCACGCCUCUCCUCAAAGAGAUCAGAGAUGACAAAACAGCCACCAUCAUUGUCCACGCCAACGCCUCCAUGUCCCACACCAUCCUGCAGAAGGCAGCCGAGCUGGGAAUGGCAUCUGCCUAUUACACAUAUAUCUUCACUAAUCUGGAGUUUUCACUCCAGCGCCUGGACAGCCAGUUGGAUGAUCGAGUCAACAUCCUGGGAUUUUCCAUUUUCAACCAGUCUCAUGCUUUUUUCCAAGAGUUUGUCCAGAGCCUCAACCAAUCCUGGCAGGAAAACUGUGAUCACGCUCCUUUUACUGGACCAGCACUCUCCUCUGCCCUGCUGUUUGAUGCCGUGUACGCCGUGGUGAGCGCCGUGCAGGAGCUGAACCGCAGCCAGGAGAUCGGCGUGAAGCCGCUGUCCUGUGGCUCUGCCCAGAUCUGGCAGCACGGCACCAGCCUGAUGAACUACCUGCGCAUGGUAGAAUUGGAAGGUCUCACCGGCCACAUCGAAUUCAACAGCAAAGGCCAGCGCUCCAACUAUGCCCUGAAAAUCCUGCAGCACACACACAGCGGCUUCCGGCAGAUCGGCCACUGGCACGUUUCUGAAGGGCUCAGCAUGGACAACAGGAUAUUCUCCUCCAACAUAUCUGACAGCCUGUUCAAUACCACGCUCAUCGUCACCACCAUCCUGGAAAACCCUUACUUAAUGCUGAAGUGGAACCAUCAGGAGCUGGAAGGAAACGACCGCUACGAGGGCUUCUGUGUGGACAUGUUGAAGGAGCUGGCAGAGAUCCUACGCUUCAACUAUAAGAUCCACCUGGUUGGCGAUGGUGUCUAUGGAGUCCCCGAGGCAAACGGCACAUGGACAGGGAUGGUCGGGGAGCUGAUUGCUCGGAAAGCCGACCUGGCGGUGGCGGGGCUGACGAUUACCGCGGAGCGGGAGAAGGUGAUUGAUUUCUCUAAGCCGUUCAUGACUUUGGGAAUUAGCAUUCUCUACCGAGUUCAUAUGGGUCGCAAGCCUGGCUACUUCUCCUUCCUGGACCCCUUUUCCCCCGGUGUGUGGCUCUUCAUGCUGCUCGCCUACCUGGCCGUCAGCUGCGUCCUCUUCUUGGUGGCUCGCUUGACACCCUAUGAGUGGUACAGCCCCCACCCCUGCUCACAAGGCAGGUGCAACCUUCUCAUCAACCAGUACUCACUGGGCAACAGUCUGUGGUUUCCUGUCGGGGGGUUCAUGCAGCAAGGCUCCACCAUCGCCCCCCAGGCGCUCUCUACACGCUGCGUCAGUGGAGUCUGGUGGGCUUUCACCUUGAUCAUCAUCUCCUCCUACACGGCCAACCUGGCUGCCUUCCUCACGGUGCAGCGCAUGGACGUCCCCAUUGAGUCUGUGGAUGACCUGGCAGACCAGACCACCAUCGAGUAUGGCACCAUUCACGGCGGCUCCAGCAUGACCUUCUUCCAAAACUCCCGCUACCAGACGUACCAGCGGAUGUGGAACUACAUGUACUCCAAGCAGCCCAGUGUCUUUGUGAAGAGCACGGAGGAAGGGAUCGCGCGUGUGCUGAACUCCAAUUACGCCUUCCUGCUGGAGUCCACCAUGAACGAGUAUUAUCGUCAGCGCAAUUGCAACCUCACGCAGGUCGGGGGCCUUCUGGACACCAAGGGCUACGGGAUUGGCAUGCCCGUCGGCUCUGUGUUCCGCGAUGAGUUCGACCUGGCCAUCCUCCAGCUGCAAGAGAACAACCGGCUGGAAAUCCUGAAGCGAAAGUGGUGGGAAGGAGGCAAGUGUCCCAAGGAGGAGGACCACCGGGCCAAAGGCCUGGGAAUGGAGAACAUUGGUGGAAUCUUCGUGGUUCUCAUCUGUGGCUUAAUCGUAGCGAUUUUUAUGGCCAUGCUGGAAUUUUUGUGGAGCCUUCGGCACUCCGAGCAGUCAGAGGUGUCGGUGUGCCAAGAGAUGGUGACAGAGCUGCGCAACAUCAUCCUCUGCAAGGACAGUUUCCACCCCCGUCGGAGGCGAGGGGGGAUGAUACGGACUCGCCCCGCUAUCCCUGAGGAGCGCCGAGCCCGCAGCACGACCACGCUCAGCAAUGGGAAGCUGUGCAGUGGGGGAGAGCCAGACCCCCUGGCACAAAGACUGGCACAAGAAGCUGCCCUGGUCGCCCGAGGCUGCACGCACAUCCGCGUCUGCCCUGAGUGCCGCAGGUUCCAGGGGCUUCGGGCACGGCCGGCUCCGGGCUCACCUGCACAGAGCGAGGAGAGCUUGGAGUGGGAGAAGACCACCAACAGCAGCGAGCCCGAGUAAUGCUGGGGCAGGGGGAGCCGGGGUGGGCCGAGAGGGUCCUGUUCCAUUUUACAGAACACGGACUUGUACAAUGUCAAACUUGUUUUUAAAUUAAAAGCAGUUACCCAGCUUCUCCAGAGCAAGGCAGAGCGCUGUCGGGCCGACGCAGACGCCUGGCCGGAGGGUCGGCUUUGGAGAGGAUGCACCGGGAGCGGGGUCCUCAGGUGAGCUGCCCCCAUGCAGCUCCAAGGUGGGAAGGAGGGACGCGGUGGGGAUCGGGGCAGCAGCAUCACCCACCCCUGUGGGGGCGAGAGCUGAUCUCAGAGCUGCUCCAUCCCGGGCCAGGAGGAAGGAUGCUACGCUGUCUCCCCAUCACACAGACUCACAGGGGAUGGAU